GCAUCAAGAAGGGGUAGAAAGACUCUUCAAUCAAGUUCAAAUAUGAGAAGCUUGAAGAAAACAGCACCUGAAAAGGCAUCAAGGAUUGCAGAAAGUGAGGAAAUGGCUGAGUCCUACUUGCAAAAAAGGAGACACAUGAAUAAUGAGAUACCCCCCUGCAAAUUCAAGGUUGGAAUGAUUGUGGAGGCAUUAGAGGAUGACGGCUUUUGGUAUAAAGCCAAAGUAUUGUCACUACAGAAGGAAAGAGUAAAAAUACAUUGGACUGGUUACAACUUGGAUGAGUGGCUUUCAACAAAGAAGGUCAGGUUUGAGUUGAAGACUGGUGACAAGGUUGAGGCUCCAUGGUUGGUGCACAGAGCAGCUCGAUACCCUGGCCAUGUUGAGCGUGUUGAUGGAGAAUAUGUUCUAAUUGAAUUUAGCGACAUGACAAAGAAAAGAAUUCAUUUCAAGUAUAUUGAGAAGAAAACGAACCAUCUCUGAAACCAAACUGGACUUUCAAGACAACCGGACACUGAGAUAAGCCCAAGUUCAUAAGUUUGAAUUAUCAAGUUGGAAGAAAUCUUGUUUAAAGAAAUCUCUAUCUUUAUUUCUAUUUCUUCUUGAUUUAUGUUAUGUUAGGUAUUUUAAUUCUUGAGCAGCAUCCUACUUCUGGAAACCCUUUACCCUACAACUUUAAGUUGUUUUCAAUGGGAAAACGUUAUUUAAUGAAAUUUAUACUAAACUCUCCAUAAUGUUUGCUGAAGUAAAACAAUUCUGCUACAUGUAACUAAAAAAAAUAAAUCUGCCAGAGUUUACACAAGUUCAAUUGAAGUAGAUCCCAAAGUGCAGAUUUACAGAUUUCUGUCAUUUGUAUUUUUUCUCGGUUUCCAUGAAAACGAUUUGGACUUAGUCU